GAACUCGUUGGCGUACCGCAGCGACGGGCCAAAGCACUCGAUGCGACCGCAACAUCAGUAGUGACGGACAGAACUGAUCUGAGAGCAGUGCUGUGGAGCUCAGUGACGUAACCGCGCGGAGUCGUCGCGUGCAGCUGCCGAACUCUGAACACGAUUGAAAGUGUGUUGAAUUGUCACUCGAUCCGGAUCAAGGAAACGAUAAAUGAGGCGAAAAGCGCGUGCACGUGUGAAUAUAUAUUUACACAUGAAGAGUUAAGUGUGUGUCUGCUGAAGAAGUGCUCAGCGCGGAUAGUUUGGAUAAAUUAAUAAAUGAACAGGUUUAAUAGGCGAAUUCCUCCUGAUUCACUCUUGUUUUACACACUGUGGCGAUAUUUGAAGUGGACUUGCCUGCCAGUCACCCCGUCUAGCCCCGCCCCAUCAUGACUGAGGUCACUGUGGUCAAGGAAGGUUGGCUUCAUAAACGAGGUGAGUAUAUAAAGACCUGGAGACCGCGAUAUUUCAUCCUGAAGAGUGAUGGAUCCUUCAUCGGCUACAAGGACAAGCCCGAGUUAACUGAUCAGAGUUCAGCUCCGCUCAAUAACUUCUCUGUGGCGGAGUGUCAGCUGAUGAAGACGGAGCGACCGCGACCCAACGCCUUCAUGAUCCGCUGUCUGCAGUGGACCACCGUCAUCGAGCGAACCUUCCAUGUGGAGAGCAGCGAGGAGAGGGAGGAGUGGAUGUCUGCCAUUCAGGCGGCGGCCAAUGGGCUGCAAGCACAGGACGCAGAAGAGCCGAUGGAGAUCAAGUUUUGUUCUCCCAGCGACAGCCGCAGUCUGGAGGACAUUGAGGUGUUUUUGUCCAAGUCUCGCUCUCGAGUGACGAUGAGUGACUUUGAUUAUUUGAAGCUGCUGGGUAAAGGCACGUUUGGGAAGGUGAUUCUGGUGAGGGAGAAGGCCUCUGGCAGGUACUACGCCAUGAAGAUCCUGCGCAAGGAGGUGAUCAUCGCCAAGGACGAGGUCGCACACACAGUCACAGAGAGUCGUGUGCUGCAGAACACCAGACAUCCCUUCCUGACGAUGCUGAAGUACGCCUUUCAGACAAACGACCGCUUGUGUUUCGUGAUGGAGUAUGCCAACGGUGGAGAGCUCUUCUUUCAUCUGUCCCGUGAGCGUGUGUUCUCUGAAGACAGAGCUCUCUUCUACAGCGCUGAGAUCGUCUCCGCUCUGGAGUAUCUCCACUCUCAGAACGUUGUCUACAGAGACCUGAAGCUGGAGAACCUCAUGCUGGAUAAAGACGGACACAUUCAAAUCACAGACUUUGGUCUCUGUAAGGAGGGAAUCACAGAUGAGGCCACCAUGAGGACGUUCUGUGGAACUCCAGAGUAUCUCGCUCCAGAGGUUCUGGAGGACAAUGAUUACGGUCGAGCCGUCGACUGGUGGGGUUUGGGGGUGGUGAUGUACGAGAUGAUGUGCGGACGGCUGCCCUUCUAUAAUCAGGAUCACGAGCGGCUCUUUGAGCUCAUUGUGAUGGAGGAGAUCCGUUUCCCCAGAAACCUCACACCCGAGGCCAAAGCGCUGCUCACGGGUCUGCUGAGGAAAGACCCCAAACAGAGGCUGGGGGGCGGUCCAGACGAUGCUAAAGAUGUGAUGUCACACAAGUUCUUCUCCUCUAUAAACUGGCAGGAUGUGCUGCAGAAGAAGUUGGUUCCUCCCUUCAAACCCCAAGUGACGUCAGAAACGGACACUCGCUACUUCGACGACGAGUUCACUGCUCAAAUCAUCACCGUUACGCCUCCUGACAAGCUGAACUGUCAGGAUGUGGACGCCGCUGGCCCGUGUGCUCACUUUCCUCAGUUCUCCUAUUCAGCCAGCAUACGAGAGUGACACGUGCUUUAAUCCGCUUUCACACUGACAGAACGUCAUCUCAGAAAACACAGACUCUCAAACCAGCUGCUGAAAGACAGACGGCCAUCCCAGAAUCAUUACAACACUAAAGGUUCUUCUGGGAAAGAUUAUGACGAAGUCACAUCACAACACUGUUGAAUGUCAUUUAGAGUCUUACAUGUGGAUUGUAUGUUUUGAUCUGUAUGUGAUUUUAAAGCAAUUAUACAUGUGAGCACAAGUUGAACUGAGCACCGAAACUCACGAGGUUACACAAAGAUUAAAGACUGCAGUGAUUUUCUGUCCUCUCAAUAUCUUCAUCUGAUCUGAUCAAGUUAUUCUCUCUGCAAAUGCUUUCAUGACAACCAGAGUUAUUGUAGCUUUGAUUUUAGUUUGAUUCAUAUUUUAAAUUAGCUUUUAUUUUUAGAUUUGUAGUUAAAUAUUAGUUAGUUUAUUAAUUUUGGUAUUUACUUGUCAUUUUAUUAUUCAUUGGAAAAAAA